AAAAAAAAAAAAAAAAAAAAUCGGCUUCGAAAUCUUUGGUUGCUCCCGUAUUGCUUUGGACACACACACACCGAGGCCGAGCAUGCAGUCCUCGUCAGGCUGACGGACCUUGGACGAAGUCGACGUGGAUCGCGUGCGAGUUUCCCCACGCUCGAAUAUGGAGGCUCGGGACAAGUUGAAAUGCACGCUGGCUUCAGCCUUGUUGCAUCGUAAGACGGCAUUUCCCCUCCUCUUCUUUCCUCCUCUUCUUCUUUCCUGCAGGUUAAACUAGACGCUAUCUUCGGAUUAUCACACCAUCCUCCAGUCUCCGUUCCGGCUCCCCUGUUUUUGGCUGUUUUCUUUUUAUCGACAGCCACGACGGCGGCGGCGUAGUUGCUGGCUUGCUGGAGAAUGUCUGAAGCAGUAAGGAUUCCAACAGACGAGCACGGCCUUGAGUUCGAAGAUAACACUGACAAGGAGGCGGAAAACGGGAGCAGCCGCAGACGGCCCAAGCGGCUGCUCGCCUUCGCCGCCGAAUAUGGGGUCGAGUUCGCACAGCGCAAAGAGCUGCUCGGUCGGGGCGAGCCUCCCCAGUUCGCCACGCGGGACGACUACGACAAGGCGAUCGAGCUGCUUGCAGCCGUGCGGAGGAGCGCGAAGAAUUUCAAGGAGCCGAGCGAAAGGCUGAUCAACAGACUCAAGAGCCCGUCGAAGAAGGCCCAGCUCGACGAGGCCAGGAACUGGACCUUCAGCGCCAAGGAGCGUGCCGCCGCGCUGGAAGACAACCUGCGUAAAGGCGGCAAUGUCGGGCUGUCCCAGGCGCUGCUCGAACACGGCGGACGGAACCUGCUGAGCGCAGCGGGCGAGCGCGCCCGUUCGACGGCGUCCAAGCACCGAAAGCACCGGGUGCUGGGAGCCGUUGACACGGAAGCCUGGCUACACACCGCCGUCAUGAACAACGACUGCCAGCACGUCGUUCUGCUGGCGAGUCGCCUGUCGCAGGUCUCGGGGGCAUGUUUCGACCCCGUCUUCUCGACGGCCCUCUCUUCCGGCGCGUCUGCUGCCAUCAUCACGGAGCUCGUCCGGUACGGCGUCGACCCGAACCUGCAUGCCGAAAAGGUGGCCCUGCUCGUUCAGCAGAAGCGCGCCGACGAGCUCGAGGCCGUUCUGAGGUCGAGCCGGCCUCUGGAUUCCAAACACGUCGACGCGGCCCUGUUUGAGGCCGUGACGAGCAACGAUGCGACCGUCGCUGCCAUGCUUCUUGCGUACGGCGCCGAUCCGAAUCACCGGUUGGCGCAGCACUUUCUCGAUGCCUUGCGGUCGAGAAACAUGAAGAUGGUAUGUUUGAUGCUGGCGGGGGCUCAGGACGAGGUCAGGCUGCGCCCGCAGCACCUAGACAGCGCCGUCGAUGUCGUCGUCGAGGCCCGAGACGAACUUCCCCUGCAGCGCCGCAACAUGCUCGAGGUUCUCCUCUCCGCCGGGGCGACGCGGACCUCGCGCUCCUUGGAAAACGAGCUGUUCCGGGCCGUCAAGUCUUUCGAUGUGGACAUGGUCAGGCUGCUCGUCUCAUACGGCACCUCUGCCGAUCACGACGAGGCGCGAUGCGUGCGUGCUGCGUUGGAGGCGCAGGAUCUCGACGUCGUGGAGAUCCUGCUGCGCGGCUGCUCGUCGCCCUCCAAGCUUUCCAAGGCGAUGCCGUACGCCAUGAGGCUCCGGACGAGGAGCACACGGCUGUGCGCUGUCAAGUCCAUACUGAGCAAGGGCGCGCGAGGCUCAGAGGUCGACCAGGCCUUUGUCGACUCCAUCCUGCAAGAGGACGACGACCUGUUCAAUGAGCUGCGGUCUGCCGGCGCCGACGCCAACUAUUCGGACGGCCUUGUGUUCGAGUCUGCCUUCAAGGCGCGGACCGGCGCUUAUCUGCGCCAGCUGUGCGACCAUCACUCGGCCAGCGACCGAUCCGCAGCUCUACUCGUGCCGAUGGCUCUCCACCCGCUGAAAUACAGCGACUCAAGGACGAAGCUGAUCCUCAAGGCGUGCGGACGACAUCGCACAGUGUUAGACAAGGCCCUUGUGGACGAGGUCUUGCACGACGCACGUGAGGCCGUCGUUAGUCUUCUUCUGCGAUCCGGCGCAUCGGCAGAUGCCAGCGACGGCGCUCCCAUGUGCCACGCUGUGACGAAGGGCAAUGAGCGUGCUUUGCAACUGCUGCUAGCUGCCCGACCGUCCCAUUCAACGCUUCGAUCAGCCUUAAGAGCGGCGAUGACCUUGCACGCGGACUCUGCUCGCUGUGCAGCAAUAAAGACGCUGCUUGAAGCUGCUGGCGGCAGAGACAUUGGACAAGACGACGCACUUCUCCGAGAGAUCGAGGCUCAUUCGGCUGCCGGCACGCGUAUUGUGGAGCUUCUUCUCAAACACGGAGCUUCCGUGAACCACCAGCGUGGCAAGGCACUCCGUCUCGCCGUUAACGCUAAGGCGACGGAUAUCCUGACGCUCCUUCUCUCGUAUCACCCCGGAGAGGAGGCUCUCAAGAGAGUGUUCACCAAGUCCGCGAGCCGUUCAAGUCGAUCGAGGCUCAAGUACGUUACCAUGAUUCUGGACAAAGCUUUUGGUCUGGGAAUCGAUCUCCCGGUCGAUCUGUACGUGGAACAGGCCAUAAGAGAAAACGACUUGCCUUUCUGCAAGCUAUUGCUUCAACAUGGCGCAAGUCCGAACCGCGACGGCGGAAAGGCGUGCAUACUGGCUGCGCAGCUGGCGAGCCCGGCCAUGUUCGAAGCCCUGCUCACCCGCCCGCCCGACAUGAACCUCCUUUUGCCAGCCCUGAUCCGUAAGCUUGACAACGAAGACAGGCUCGUCGCAUGUCUGCAAUCGUGCUUCAAACUCGCCGACGUUCGAGACACGUUGUCCAACGGCGAACUUCUCUUCCUCGCCCUGACCCGGUUUGAAGAGGGAGAGAAUCUCAUUCGGUGCCUACUCAAAGCCGGUUGCCCGGCGGGAGCAACGAAAGAGAUGCAGCUGAGAGAGGGAGGCGAGGCCGAGUCUGUGACGCCGUUGAUCUGGGCGCUGAGUAGACCUUUGCCUGGCCCAAGCAGAGCUGUUCUCUUUGAGCUGCUUGGAAGAAGCGCUGAAGCAAAACUUGACUUUGUAACUCCCGUCACUCAUACGACCGCUCUCUUAGAGGCUGCUUCGGCAGGAAGGCACGCAGUCAUCGAGAGACUCCUUUCUUUGGGGGUCAAACCCAACACGCGGGAUGUGAAUGAAAAUACAGCACUUCUGCUGGCUACGGAGAGCGGAAAUCUUGCUUCUGUCAAGGCUUUGCUUCAGACCAGAAUUCGGCCAAAUGACGGCUCUCUCCAUUCCGCAGCGCGUGCAGCACUCGGAGAAAUCUUACGAGUGUUGCUGAACCAUGGACACAAUCCGAACCAUAUUCAUCGCGGAAGAAGCGCUUUGGCCGAACUGUGUCUCAACGGUCAUUCGGAUGGGGUUGACUGGCACGAACGAGCGUAUUGGAUUAUCGACACUCUCAUCGCGCAUGGUGCAGACACGAAAGCGCGCUACAACGGCAAAAGUGUUCUUCACCUGGCGCUCGACAACGAAAUGCCGGUCCAAAUACUCAAGGUGCUUCUGGACUCUUCACAGUUUAGCGACAAUCUCAACCACGAUUCUUUGCUGUUCGAAGACCCCGCCGGUACGGUUUACAGCCCCCUGUCCUAUGUCGAAGCGUACUACUCGGGUCCAAAAUCGGAGAAAGCCAAGUUGGUAGAGCUGCUCGAAAACAAGAAUUGCUCCCGCAGCCUGUGGAACAGGCAAGGCCGGCACCCGCCGAACUUCACAUACAACACGAUGCCGGCGCAUCUGAAGGCCAUUGUAGACCAGGAGAGGCUCGAGGAGCAGAGACUCACCAAUGACAUUCGGCGGCGUCAAGAAGAGGACCGAGUCCUGCGGGAAAUUGCAGACAGAAACCACCAACAGCUUCUUGACCAGCAGAGAGCUCGAUACCGCGAGGAAGAGAUCGAGGCCCGGCAACGAGAGGCUCGAGAGUCUGCAGCUGACGCGCGCCGUCGCGAGGCGGAAAGAGCGCAUAGACUUGAAAUGGCAAAUAACGAAAGGCAGAGCUUGAGAGACAGACAUCAGCUCGAAAUCAACCAACAGGCUGCACUGGCCACGCAACGACAGCAGAUCGAAGAUCGUGACAGGGCUCGAGCCCUCCAGCACGAGCAGCAGCUGGCUGCGCUUGCGACAGAGCGGCGGGCAGAUGAACGUAGAUUGGCCAUAGAGCAGGACAGAUUACAUGAGCGGCAACAUCAACGACAUCUAGAACUUGUCGAGAGACAGGACCAAAGCGUCAGAAAGCGAGCGAGCGAGAUGAGACGUGUCGCUGAAGCCGCCAGAGCUGCCAAUGCCGGCUACGGACUGAACUCGACGGGUGCCCGACAGCGGCAAAUCAAUUUCGGCAAUGACUGGGCCACGGUGGACUGAUCCGGCGCGGAGGCGGCGGUGAAGCCUCUGAUGUACAUCGAGUGCGACUCGGAUUGGGCCCUCAAUGAAGAAGAGGGCGGCAGUGUCUGGAAAUGCGCUGCCUGUUUUGCCCGUGUCUCACUUGGUCGCCCUUCUGUGUUUUUUUUUUCUUAAUAAGUCAAUCUAUGACGAUCCAGCUUUCAGUAGGAUAAAUACUCCAAGUUGGCCACUCUGCGAUUCGGCCAACUUGAAGAGCAAGACGGGACAAGAGCUUGGUUUAUAUUUGUGGAGACAUUUCGUCAUUUCAAUUCAUUAUGGCUGAAAAAACGAGCGUAAAAUCGUUAACUCUUUCACCACCGUCUCAGCGGUCAAUCAUUCCUGCAAGGUUCGAAACCACCAUUUCACUUCCGUCGCGUUUUAUGGUACAGUCAAAGGACCCUGGACUCUGCGAGAAUGAUUAGUGAAUCAAAAUGCAGAAAAAAAGGGCUUGGAGACGUGUUCUCACACUUGCUCUCAAGCGAGAAUGGUGCCAAGAGCACUCAAGACGCCGCUGACGGUGCUUCCAAGAGCUCCAGUGACCCCUGUCACAGUGUUGCCAACCGUGCCAGUCACGUUGGUGAGGGCAUUGCCGGCGACACCGGUGACGCCCGUGACGGUGCUGUUAACCGUAUUGGUCACACUAGAGAGGAGACUGGUGAGCAGGGAAGUAAGUGAGGUUAGGACUUGGCGCUUUUGAAUGUCGGUGCUCCUGGUGUUGAGGAGGUCCUGGAUCGGGAGGGCAAUGUCGCUGGGGACUCCACGGCGUGUGAGAAUGUCCGCGAUGUCCAGAGCCUGGUCGCUGGUCACGUCGCGCUCCUUGAGCUUGACGUUGGAGCCCAAAGUGUCCAAGAGGCCGCCCACAGGCGUGGCGAGAGAACCAAGCCCAAGAGCCGUCAAAAGGGCCGCGACGUCUGGCGCAAGGUCGUUGAGCAGUUGGCGCUUUUCGAGCUCGGCAGCCUCUGCGGCCGGAUCGGCCUCAGCAAAGGGGGCGGCGAAGGCCGUUGCAAGGCUCGUGGCCAGAAGGAAAACCUUGGUGAGCUGCAUCGUGGAAGGUUCGACGAUUGGGUAACUGCUCGAAGAUGGGAUGAUCUUUUUCGAAGAUGAGCGACUUGAUGCUUUGGCUGCACUUUGGGAUCUGCGCGUCUGGUCUGGGGACUGUGCGAUACAACCAAAUGAGUGCGGUAGGGGCUGCUAUUUGUACUUGAGUUCUGAGGAGAACUUUUGAGCAUUCAAACAAUGAUCGUCUUCCAGUUACGACAUCAUCUAAUCAUCAUAUCCGCGUCGCUGGUUGAAUUUGGUACGGUCCUUCCUUUACUGCACUCAGAGAACAGUAAAGCUGGUGCUUUGUUUCCUUCGCUUGCACCCAUACUCGAGAUGAUCGACAAGAGAGAACCGCAUAAUUGAAGAAGAUAUCUAUCGAAAGAGGCUCACAAGGCUGGACCAGCGUAGAUCACUUCCGAUCCCUGAACAAUUUCUUGCGUUGUAUCCAUCCAAUGAGGCCUGACGUUCACAAUAAUGAUGACGAGGAAGUAUUUUGAAGUCAAUGGGUAUCAUGCCCCUUGGAGGAAAUGAUGCGGAGCCGUGACUCCACACACAUGAUAUUUCGACUGAAUUUCUGG